AUGGAUCGAGCUCUCGCGCGCGCGGUGACCGAGAAGAAGCCGGUCCCUGAGAUCGAUUUCUCGUUGCACACCAUGGAGGAUGGCAGCCAGGUGUCGACAAUGGAACGGGUGGUUAAAGAGGUGCAAGCGCCGGCCCUGAGCACCCCGCCUGAUGACAUGUUUUGGUCCCCCGACGACCCUUCCAAGCCAAAUCUCCAGUACCUCAAACAGCACCUGUAUCGCGAGGGUCGUCUUACCGAAGAACAGGCCCUAUGGAUCAUUCACGCCGGUACCGAGGUUUUGCGCCAGGAGCCCAACUUGCUCGAGAUGGACGCUCCUAUCACGGUUUGCGGUGAUGUCCACGGCCAAUACUACGACUUAAUGAAGCUGUUUGAGGUUGGCGGCGACCCUUCGGAGACACGAUACUUGUUCUUGGGCGACUACGUCGAUCGUGGCUAUUUCAGUAUCGAGUGUGUUCUGUACCUCUGGGCGCUGAAGAUCUGGUAUCCGGAUUCGCUCUGGCUGCUGCGCGGUAAUCACGAGUGUCGCCACCUGACGGAUUAUUUCACCUUCAAGCUUGAGUGCAAGCACAAGUAUAGCGAACGGAUCUACGAGGCGUGCAUCGAAUCUUUCUGUUCUCUGCCGCUGGCGGCCGUCAUGAACAAGCAGUUCCUGUGUAUCCACGGUGGUCUUAGCCCGGAGCUUCACACUCUCGAGGACAUCAAGGCUAUUGAUCGUUUCCGUGAACCCCCGACCCACGGUCUGAUGUGCGACAUUCUCUGGGCUGACCCUCUGGAGGAAUUCGGCCAGGAAAAGACUGGUGAUUUCUUUAUUCACAAUAGUGUUCGUGGUUGUUCUUACUUCUUCUCUUAUCCGGCUGCAUGUGCGUUCCUCGAGAAAAACAACCUCCUUUCUAUUAUUCGAGCACACGAGGCCCAGGACGCCGGGUACCGUAUGUAUCGAAAGACUCGCACGACAGGAUUCCCUAGCGUCAUGACCAUUUUUAGCGCUCCCAACUAUCUCGACGUGUAUAACAACAAGGCCGCCGUUCUCAAAUAUGAGAACAACGUCAUGAACAUUCGGCAAUUCAACUGCACUCCGCACCCCUAUUGGCUGCCCAACUUCAUGGACGUCUUCACCUGGUCCUUGCCCUUCGUCGGCGAGAAGAUCACUGAUAUGCUAAUUGCUAUUCUCAACACCUGCUCGAAGGAAGAAUUGGAAGAGGAGGAGGAGGAAACUCCUACCUCUGCUUCUGUGGAAACCAUUUCUCCUUCCUUGUCGACGGAAGCUGCGGAAGCCAGCGAGGUCAGGCGCCGAGCCAUCAAGAACAAGAUUCUUGCUAUUGGACGUCUUUCGCGUGUGUUCCAGGUCCUGCGUGAACAGUCUGAGAGCGUUACAGAAUUGAAGACGGCGGCUGGCGGCCGUCUUCCUCCCGGUACCCUCAUGCUGGGUGCUGAAGGUAUCAAGCAAGCCAUUCACAACUUCGAGGACGCCCGUAAGGUCGAUAUCCAGAACGAGCGCCUGCCUCCUAGCCAGGAGGAAGUCAUCGAGCGAAGCGAGGAAGCUCGCCGUCAAGCCAUGGCACGUGCCGAGCAGGAAGCUGCCAAUGAUGCCGGACUGGCCACCGUCGCCAGGAGAAUCAGCAUGUCUGCCGGCUCUGGUCGCAAUCGGCGCCAGCGUGACUCAACUUCCAGGGAGGCCUAG